UCCUCCUUCAGACUUCGCUGAGAUAAAAAAUUAGCGCCUUGCUCUCACUGCGCAUAGACCUCUCUCUGCAGUGACCUUCUCACACAGGCAGCCGGACCCGUCUCCACCAAACGCCAUGUCUGUGGACGAACAACAGAACGCUCUGCUGCGCAAUUCGCAGCAGGACAUUGCCAGCCACAGCGAUGUGGAGGUCCGAGCCGUCACUCCCACCGCUGUUCCCGGCCAGAGGAGCAACAGCUGGUCGCGUGGCCUCCUUUACACGGGUGUUUCCAUCCUGGUGGCAAUGCUGAUCGCUGGUCAAGUGGUCAGUGUCAUGUUCCUGCUCAAGCAACAGGACAAGAUAACGAACCUACAGAAGACAACGAGCCGGAUCGAGAGCAAGUACUCCUCACCAAGCAGCGGCAGACCAAAACCAGUCAUGCACUUGAGGCCGAUGAUGAUGGACCUACCCAUGGCCUACAUAAAUCCUGAGGCAGAGGCUCCAAAGGCCCCGGCGACUACUGCUCAACCACUUACCCUCCCGGAACAAGUGCAGCAACUGUUGAAGGAAGGGAACAAGACCGUGAACAUUCCAGAACUGAAGGGGAGCUUCUCCGACAACCUGGAGCUCCUGAAGCAGAGCCUGAAGGAAUCCGACUGGGAGGACUUUGAAUCUUGGCUUCAGAACUGGCUUCUCUUCCAACUCGUUCAAAAUGAGAAGAAAACCGUGCCAACUAGUGCACCCAAAUUCCAACCCCGGCGUGACCCUCAGCCUAGCGAGAGGAAGAUAUUCUCCAGCAUGGCCAUGAGACCGAUGCUCCAUGCUCUGCCACUCUCAGCUGAUGAACCCAAGAAAUCCGAAAUGCCCAAACUGGUGCCUGUAACAAGGGUUGAGAGGCCGGAGACCGAGUGCGAGAGGCAGCGCAGAAAGAAGAUUAUCCCUGGCAGGUUCCACCCCACUUGUGACAAACACGGGAACUUUGAACCGAAGCAGUGCCACCCCAGCACUGGAUUCUGUUGGUGCACCUAUCCGAACGGGACUGAGAUUGCGGGAACCGCAACACGAAGCCACUUGGAUAGUUGUGAAAGCUUCCUAAACCCAGAUGACCCAAACAUUUCCGGCUUGGGCACCAUUUGAUGCUUAAGGAUGAAACACCAGUGGACACAGGUCAUCUCGACCAGCUUUGCUCCCCACACAUACAUUAAUUGCAAAGAUUGAUUUUUUUUUUAUUAACAUUGGGUUUGAUUGAUAACUAUUGACAGCUGACCUGUACCCAGUAGAUUUAUUGCCUUUCCUGCUUAAGAUUCAUCCAUGAGGAACUUUUCUUUUUAAAGUAGAAAAAUCAAAUUGCUCCAGUCUUUGAAGUUCCACGUACAACCUGACUUCUACAUGCCUUGGAACUCCCUGGGAUGGGCAGUUGGACACCUGAGCAGAUUGUUAACUCUGUACAACGUUCCACUGAGGUUCUCUGUUGAUCUUUUAGCUGGAGACCAACAAAGAGUGUCUGGGGAAUUUUAGGGAUUUUCUCAAAUAAAUUAUCAGAUUUUCAAUUAGUAAUCAUAGAGUAAAACAGAAGAUUAUUUUGCAGUAAAUCUUCAGUCCAACUGGUCCAAAGUGCCCACCUAAGCUAGUUCUAUUUGGCCCAUAUCCCGUGAAACCUUUCCUAUCCUUCUCCUAAGUGAAUUAAUUCAGAUGCCUCCUGGGUCUGCAGUAGAAAUAGCAAGGCACAAUAUCCGAAGGUCAAUUCAGGAACAACUCUUUUCGUUUUGGUCACUUUGAUGCAAACCUAACAAACUCUCCUAGAUAAUGGCCAGCAUUUCGACUUGAACCUAAAGCUUGGUCCAUAACCCCAGAACUCCCUGCCUAUCGUUGGGACCACCAUCAGCACCUGAAGCUCCCAGGUAUAAAAGAGGACACCCUCUAAGGUCACCAGCGACUCUCACAUUCAGAUUCAUAUUUUGACUCAGACCUUGUUCCUUUGUAGUUUUACUUUAUCUGAAGUGAUUUCUCUCCCCCAUGUAUUUUGGGGCUCAGUGCUUGAGCAAAUUAUAGGGGUACAGUUUAAGAUUCUCUGCAAUGCUCCUUUAUGAGACAAUUAAAAAUGCAUUGAUGUUAUUACUUUAUUUACCACUUUGUUUGGAGUUAGAAUUGCCUAUAAUUACUUUGCUAAACAAUAAUAUUGCUUCUAGAUCUCAUUAAUAUUUGGUAAUUGCUAAUUAUUGCUGGGGAAGAUUACUUUGCAAUAAAAGGGAGUGGAUUUAAUUUUGAUUUUUCUUUGAAUUUUGGAGACAAUUGGAACUGGAUGAGUGGGCAAUGAACAGUUGGCUUAUCAUGAGGCCCGUCAACUUGGCCUCGGUCCUUUAGUGUUGAGGCUGUGUGUGUGUGUGUGUGUGUGUGUGUGUGUGUGUGUCAGGCUGAGUGUUGUGGCAUUGCACAGGUCUAAAGCUGGUUGGGUGUGUGCAGGCCCAAGAGUGGGUGACCUGGAGUUUCAGCUCAGCUUCCUAGAGAACCAUUAAUCUUCAUGCAUGACUGGAGAUGCCAGGUCAAACUCAAAAGUUCCCAGAUGUGGAGUACUGUGGCUGUUUGCUGCAAGUAUCAGCCAAUCAGGAGUUAGGAGCCUAUUUUUCCACCAAUGGGCUCAAGGACGGGCAUCUUGUGUAAUCAGUGAUGGGGGAAUGGGGGCAGGCUUAUAUGGAGUGUGAGAUAACAUGAUAAAACCUCAAGGACUACAGCCAGAGUUCACAUCACCCUCACGGGUGCUGUGGACUCCUGCACUGUCGAAGAUCAAGGUGGCUCUUUGUAUUGGGGAAGUUAAAAUGAUCCAAGUGACCCAUGUGAAAUAAAAACUUGACAAAAUCA